CCUUGAACACCUCCAGGGACCCAGCCCUGUGGCACUUCCCAUGCCAAAGGAUGUGCCACAUGGAGCUGAAGGAUGUCUGGCAUGCUCUCAGGCUUCAGAGCCGGCACUCAAACAAUCGCUGUAAUUACCGUCCCAAAAGCUUUUAAUCCCCUGGUUAAAUAAAACGAACAAAUGAUAGUAGGAGCAGGAAUCUGCAGGCGGCUUGAGGACAGCCGUGUCACCAGCAGUGAGACAUGCAGGCAAACAAACACAUGAAUGAACCAACACGCGUUUCCUGCCACAGACACCUAAUCUUACUAAUGACAAAAUUAGCCUGCAGCUUUGAUCAGAUCCCACCCAAACCCCCCUGCUCAACUCCAGCCUCGCUGUCACAGAGGCAGGCAAGUCAGAAGGAGUUCAAAGAGUAACAGUGAUGAGGAUGCUGGAGGGAGCUGAGGUACGAGGGAAGAUUAAAGCGGGCAUGGUGUGUCCUCUGGAGGUUUCAGUCAGUUCAGGGAGUAUCCAAGUUGCCCGAGGCCAGACAGCAGUAUUGCCCUGCACCUUCACCACUAAUGCUGCUCUCACUAACCUUAAUGUCAUAUGGAUGGUCACUCCUCUUUCUAACGCCAACCAGCCUGAACAGGUUAUUCUCUACCAAGGAGGUCAGAUCUUUGGUGGUGCACCCCAAUUCUAUGGGCGAGUGGGGUUUGCUGUGACAAUGCCAACCACCAGUGCCUCCAUCUUCAUCAACAACACCCAGCUAUCAGACACUGGCACAUACCAGUGUUUGGUCAACAAUCUUCCUGAUAGAGGCAGCAGGAAUAUUGGAGUCAUCGGACUCACUGUCUUGGUUCCUCCUUCCGCCCCACUUUGCAGAAUCCAAGGGUCCUUGGAAGUGGGCAGCGAUAUCACACUGACCUGCAGCUCGGAAGAAGGCAUCCCCCGGCCAACAUACCUCUGGGAGAAACUGGACAAUGUUCCCAAGUUGCCCCCAACUGCCACACAAGACCAAGUCCAGGGCACUGUCACUCUCCGAAAUAUCAGCACUGUGUCCUCAGGUCUUUACCAAUGUGUGGCUUCAAAUGCCAUUGGAACCAGCACUUGCCUUCUGGACCUGCAAGUCGUUGCACCCCACCCCUGGAGCAUCAGCCUGAUUGCUGGAGCAGUGGCCACAGGUGCUGUUGUGCUUAUUGUCUGCAUUGUGUUGGUGGCCAUAGCACUGUUCUACUGGAAAAAUAAACACAAAGAAGAAGAAGAAGAGGAGAUUCCCAAUGAGAUAAGGGAGGAUGACCUGCCACCCAAAUGCUCCUCCACCACCAAGACAUUCCACGCUGAUGCGUCCUCAUCGGAGAACGACACCCUCACUUCCUCCAACACCUACAACAGUCGCUAUUGGAAUGAUCCCAAGGCCAAUCACGCCACAGACUCCUUCACCCGCUUCAGCAACAGUAAUGAUGCCCGCCAGCCACCCUUCUCCCGCUCAGGGAGCACAAGCGCUCGCCCCGUCUAUGCCAAUGGUGGCCACCCCUCCCCAGCUGCCCCUAAGACGCUGGUGGUGACAGCCAGCACAGCACCAUCUCCACAGGAGGUGGCCCGGAGCAACGGCUCAGUCAGCAGGAAGCCUCGGCUUCCGCACACCCGCUCCUAUGCUGUCAGCCAGGCCACACUGGAGCGGAUUGGGGCUGUUCCUGUCAUGGUGCCCGCCCAGAGCCGGGCUGGCUCACUUGUGUAGGGGCACGCUGGUAGCUGAGAGCUGAGCAAGGGCCUUGCGUUCCAGGGGAGUGAAGACAUGGCUGAGAGACCCUACUUCCUGAAAGGCAGUGAGGUGGAGGUGGGCCUCCCAAGGCCGCUGCCAGCCACUGGGGCAGCUCCAGCCAUGCUGCAGUGCCCCCCCAGCUGUCGGGCUCCACCAUGGACGCCACAGAUGUGCCAAGGCCACAGGGCAUUGGGGGCCCUCCCUGGCUGCUGGGCCCUGGCUGGGACCCCCUCCCAGCCUAGCCUCAGGGCUUUUGCUUUUGUUUCCAGUUUGUUUUUUUGGGGGUCAUUUCUGUUCACUUGGGUCCUUCAGGGAGGUUUGGGAAGAUAUAUAUAUAUUUUUUUUCUGUUGUUAUUGCUGUUUUAUUUCUAAGAGGACAAUGACCAGUGUGGGGCAGGGAAGGCCAAGAGGGGAGGUGCGCCAGGCAAGGUACACCUUGUCAUGGAGGCUGUGACCCCCUCUCUGCCUCCUCGGCCCUACUGCUAGAUGAAGAAGAUUGCUGGGAUGGGGACAGCCAUGAAGAGGCACCGACUGAACUGGAGGUGCAAGUUGGCAGCAGAGGUACCAGCCAAACCGACGGGAAGGCUGGGCAAGGAUGUGGGCCAGGGAGUGUUUCUCUUUAUUUAUUUUUUUGCUGUUCUUCCCCUCAGUUCUGACACACACACACAUACACACACACACACACACACUCAUGCACACACAGAUACUCCUCAGGCUGGGUGUUUUUCAGCUGCUGCCAGAGCCCUUUUUGUGGCUGUGGAGUGUGCUGCUGUUUGGGCCUCUGUCCCUGAGAAGCUCCGUGCAGAGCAACGGCACAUUGCUGCUACAGGCCCCAUGGCUUUUAUUUGGUGUUGCUGGGGUUAUUCUGGAGGCAGAGUCCUGAGCAGAGCCUGCUACACCUAGGCUGCUCUUAUGUGGAGUGAGGGGCUUCAGACCUCACAGCUCUGGUGUUUGCAUGGUACGUUUUCCUUAUUGGGCUGCCUAGAGGGCUUCCCUGUGCAGCAGGGCACAUGUUUGCUUGGGGCCCUCACACAGAGGCACCAUAGCUUUCGUUCCCUCUCUCCCACACAUGCAAACUUCCCAGAUGCUGAGUUUGGCAGGGUUUAUUUCCAAAUCCUUUUCCUUAAAAAGAAUGAAAGCAGGGACUCAGUGGAAGAUGUAAUUCUGUGGAAGCCCAUGUGCUGUUGCUCUCGCCUCCCCUACUCCCGCACUGGUACUUAUGGCACCUGCUGAUGGCUCUGCCAUCCCUUUACAGCCAAGGGGUGACUAUGGCUGGCACCUGUCCUUUUACUUCUUCUAUUGCAACUAAAUAGCCUUAAUCAAAGCCAACAGUUGAAACUGCUCAAGGGACCUGAUGCCGUUGGAGGGAUGGACUACGGGCUUGGACUUUUCCUUCUGAGAGAGCCCUGGCUCAGCAGAGCCAUGCCUGGGUGGGUAUCCCCAGCCUCCUGUGUAACACCAAGCCUUGCACAUAAUAAAGGCAGUGGUGACCUCCAGAAGUAGCAGAGACCUCCAAGAUCAGAUCUGCUCUUGGAAAAAGCAAUGUGAGUGCUCACAGGUAAAUUUCUGUAUCUCUCAUGUUGAAAAAAGGAUCUCAUUAAGCCAAGAGACUUCCUCAUCCCCUUUUCCUUGUCCCGGCACAGCUUUACUUUCCUUAGCAGUGCACAAACCUUGGGCAGGGCCUUCUGCCUGAGCUGUACCUUUCAAAUGCAAGCACAUGCUCUGAGAAGGAGGAGGAGAGUUGAAAGUUGAGUUCUCACACGAACACACUUGCUUUUGGGGAGGUUGUGAGCACCUGGGCAGCAGUAGGCUUGAAACUUGGCUGAGAUUUUGUGCCUUCUUUGCUUAAAAUAAAGAAAAAAAAAAAGAAGAAAAAAGAAAAAAAAGGAAAAAAAAUCCAGCCUCCCUUCCUUCCCUGUCCUACACAACUCCAUCCAAGAAUGAGUGCAGACUAUAGUGGUGGCACAGACAGGGAGUUGCUGUGUAUACACAUGUUUCGGAGGAGCAGUCCUCUUCCCUACCUCUCUUUGCUGCUGCGUAGUAGGACUGACUGGGGGAAGAAAGGUUGCUUUUAAAACCCUGAUGUGGGAAGGGAAGAAAAGGCAUUCAAAGGAAAGCCCAUACACAUUCUUUCUGCUUUGGAAACAAUCCCUGUGUGACAUUUACAGGAACACUGCCCUCAGCAGGCCCUCUCCUCUAGUGGGAAAGCUCUACUUGUUCCUACCUUCCAUGAGACUGUUCGCUCCUCUUUCUUUGUUCUUUCUAAUUGUAUAAAAUUCAAUAAAACUUUAUUCAUAUAAAAAAAGGAGUUUUUACUGCUUACUGCU